GACGAUUUAAGGGAAUAUCAACAAAAUGUCGACAAGUGCCGGAUCAAGCAGCACCGGUAACGGUAACGGAAGCGGUGGUAGUAGCAGUAACAGUGAUGGAAAUAACAGUGCUGGAGGGCGUCGUAAUGGGAGUGGCGGUGGAACAACUGCUGGAGCAGAAGCGACUUUACCGAAACCUGAUACAAAGGAAGCAAAAUCAAAUCCCAAAAUAUCGAAAGCUUUAGGAACUUCUGCUAAACGAAUUCAAAAAGAACUAGCAGAAAUUACACUUGAUCCUCCUCCGAAUUGCAGUGCUGGGCCGAAGGGUGAUAACCUUUAUGAAUGGGUGUCAACCAUUCUUGGUCCACCAGGAUCCGUAUAUGAAGGGGGUGUAUUUUUCUUGGACAUUCAUUUCUCUCCAGAAUAUCCUUUCAAACCACCAAAGGUAACAUUUCGGACUAGGAUAUAUCAUUGCAACAUAAACAGUCAAGGUGUAAUUUGUUUGGACAUCCUAAAAGACAAUUGGUCGCCUGCCUUGACCAUCUCAAAAGUGUUGCUAUCCAUUUGUUCCCUGCUGACAGACUGCAAUCCAGCCGAUCCGUUGGUUGGAAGUAUUGCCACACAAUAUUUGCAAAACAGAGAAGAACAUGAUAGAAUUGCUCGUCUGUGGACAAAAAGGUACGCUACGUGAUUCCAUCAAAUUUGAGGUCUGUAUAAUUUUAUGCGCAAUCGAUACUAAUUUAUGAAUCUAUUUGUAACAAAAAAAAAUCAACCCUACAAUGUACUUCGCAAAGCUACAUGCUGCAUAGUCUGUCGCAUAAAAAUAAUAGUAAUAAAA